GAGUUUUGCGUGGGCGUGGCCUCGUAGAGAAACGGGGCGGAGCUUUAGCAACAUCCAUUUUCAAAAGUCCUGAGCGUACAGCGCAUGCGCUAUUUCUACGGGUAAACCUCCGAAGGCGGCAACAUCCGGGCACCUGGAAGUGAGUGAAGGGCGUGGCUUCCGGAUAGAUAUUUCCGGAAAUCUUUCCGCGCCCGGGCUGAGUGCGCUGCGCAUGCGCCAGUUCUCCUCAGCGACGGGAUGAGCGGCGCAGGCGAAGGCGAGGCGGGAGCUGUUGCCGCGGCCGCCCCCUCCGCCCCUCCCUCGGCGGAAGCCCCCUCCAAGGCCGGAAGCGGAAGCAGCAACAGUCCCGGCGCGGGGACGGGCCCUGCGGCCUCUUCUUCCGCCUCCGCGGCGGCGCCUGCCGUUCCUGCCCCGGGGCCUCCCGCUCCGGCCCCGGCGCCUUCUCUCCCGGCCGCCGUGCUGCUGCUCCCCCCGGCCCCGCCCGUCCCCGCGGAAGGCCCGCCCUCCUCCUCCUCCUCUUCCUCCAGCUCUUCCUCCUCCGGCUCUUCCUCCUCCUCCUCGGCGCCCAACGGGGGCCUUUUCGCGCUGCCCGCCAACGGGGAGGCCAAGCCCGGCGCAUGCGCGUUCGCCUCCGCCGCCGCCUCACCGGCCUCGGCUUCCUCCGCCGCCCCGCCUCCCGCCGCUUCCGCUUCUGCCGCCUCUCCUUCCGCCGCUUCCGCUUCCGCCGCGCCCUUGGUGGACUUCCUGCUCCAGCUGGAGGACUACACGCCCACCAUCCCGGAUGCCGUCACAGGAUACUACCUGAACCGGGCCGGCUUCGAGGCCUCCGACCCUCGCAUCAUCCGCCUGAUCUCCCUGGCCGCACAGAAGUUCAUCUCGGACGUGGCCAACGACGCCUUGCAGCACUGCAAGAUGAAGGGCACGGCCUCUGGGAGCUCCCGCAGCAAGAGCAAGGACAAGAAGCACACGCUGACCAUGGAAGACCUGGGCCCUGCGCUGGCCGAGUACGGCAUCAACGUCAAGAAGCCCCACUACUUCACUUAGGGGGCCAGGCCCACUCUUCCUCCUCCUUUUUCUUCUUCUUCACGGGACGGACAAUGGGCACCACUGCAUUAAAGGCCUUCUCUUCUGCA